AUGGGCAAACCCAGACCUCAGAAGAACAAGAAGAAAUCGAAGUCCAAAUCCGUUCUCGGCGCUGGUGGCUCCGUCUCGAAACAGAAGAUGAACGAAGACCCCUCGAAGCUCCUCGAUCAAGCGAUCAUCCUCCUCCAGACUGGACAGGCCGAUGCUGCGCUUACACUGGCCCAACAGGCCCUCGACCAGGCCCCCGCCAACUCGCCGACCCAGCUAUCGGCGCUGAACACCGUUGGAGAAAUUUGCGUCGAGCUUGGAGAGAUCGAUGCUGCAAGAGGACACUUUCUGCACGCCGUGGAGCUGGACCCGAAUGGCACGAUACCGGAAGCUCAGGGUGGCGGCGCCGAGAAGUUCUUGUGGAUGGCCCAAUUGAGCGAAGCUGGAGGGAAGGAUAGCGUCCAAUGGUUCGAGAAGGGGGUGUCCGCUCUCAGACAUGCUAUCAAGCUGUUGGAAGAGAAUCCCGGGCCCCAGGAGGCCAUUGAAAUGGAAGAAAAGAAGCGGAAGAUGGCGAAUGCUCUCUGCGGAGUCGCUGAAAUUUACAUGACCGAUCUUUCUUGGGAAGAGGAUGCAGAGAGCCGCUGCGAGUCCCUUAUCACAGAGGCUCUGCUUGUGAACCCGAGUGCCCCCGAAGUGCUCCAGACCCUCGCGUCCAUCCGAAUCUCACAGCUGCGAACCGAUGAAGCGCGAUCCGCCCUCACUAAGAGUCUCGAGCUAUGGAAGGAUCUGCCACCCGAAGACCCGAUAGUUCCGGACUUUGCGACCAAGAUUAGUUUGUCUCGUCUGCUGAUGGAAGUCGGCAUGGAGCUCGAAGCCCUCGAGGUGCUUGAGCGGUUAAUACUGGAGGAUGAUCAGAGUGUGGAGGCAUGGUAUCUGGGUGGAUGGUGUCUCCAACUGCUGGCAGAGAAACAGCAAGCCCCCAAGGACGUGGAGGAAGAGACGGAUGUAUCUCCGGAAGCUAGGCGGCAUGCUUCUCUUGUCGCUAGUCGCGAAUGGCUGAAACAAAGCCUGAAGCUCUACGACCUGAUCCAGUACGAAGAUGAGCGGCUCAAGGAGCAUGCGCUCGAGCUGGUGCAACAAAUGAACAAGGAAUUGGGCGAGGAUAUGGAAGACGACAGCAACGCUGAAGACGGAGAGGAUGGAGAGGACUGGGAAGAUGAGAUUGAGGCCGGGUCCGACAGUGACCAUGAGAUGGCUGAUUCUUAA